UUUUUUUCAUUUCUCUCUCCCCCUUAUCUGUUAUCUAUUUGCAACGAAAUCCUUAUGCCUUUCAAUAUCUCAUCCUUUUCUCUCAUUUCUUCCUCUUCUGAUAUCUUCUCUCUUGUUGCCUUUCUCUUCCUCUUCUUCUUUCUUCUCUCUUCCGCUGCCUGUCUCUUCCGCUUCUUCUUUCUUCUCUUUUCCUUUUCUUGAACCAAGACUAUAGGGUUUUGGGAGGAUUUACAGAGAUCUACGAUUCAAAUUUUUUCGAUGGUAGAUCUAUGGCGGUGGCAACAUGUUUCAUGCGGUUUUGAAUGUCAGUAUGGUCCACAACAAAAGUCUUAGCACAAGCCAGUAUGGUCGACAACAAAUUAUCAUGGAAGAAUAGUUCUAAUGGUUGUGGAUUUGACGAAGAUAUGUCAGCUGCAGAUUCAUUUCACGACAAGAUCUAAUGGAAUGGAGAACUCAUGUUGAAUAUGGAUUUUUCUCUGGGAUAAUUGACCAGGCCUUGUUUUGGAGUUCCAAUUCAAAGACUUCACAAUAUCUCCUAUUUCCAGGAAAUAAUGUUGUGCCAAUCUUAAUUCUGUACAAGAAAUUUGAUAGUGCAUCACUCUUUGUGUUGUGCCAUUGCUACAACACUCUCCUCUAUUAAUCAAUCAAGGAAUUUGGUAAUACGCUGCUCGUGCUUUUUGUGAAGGCACCGUGAGAGUGAAGUUGCUGAGUAUAGAUAGAUAUUAGCUUCUGUUAUUUGCUGUUUAACCCUGCUGCUAUUUAUAAUCCGAGAAAAAAAUUAAAGAGAUUAAUGGGUAGUCCAAAGUUGCCAAAGAAAAGAGUAGCCUUUGUUUUGAUUGAUGGGUUGGGUGAUGUGUCGCUGCCAAGGUUGGGAUACAAGACGCCUCUUCAGGCAGCGAAACUUCCCAAUUUGGAUGGGAUAGCAUCUGCUGGGGUUAAUGGAUUAAUGGACCCUGUAGAAGUUGGCUUAGCUUGUGGAAGUGAUACUGCUCAUCUUUCUCUCUUGGGUUAUGAUCCUCGAGUUUAUUAUCGUGGUCGAGGGGCAUUUGAAUCCAUGGGGGCUGGAUUGGCCAUGUCGCCGGGUGACAUUGCUUUUAAGUCAAAUUUUGCAACUCUUGAUGAGAAAACUGGAACUGUCACUAGUAGGAGAGCUGACAGGCACUUUGAAGAAGAAGGUCCCAUACUAUGUGCCGCCCUCGAUGGAAUGAAGCUUCCAUCUUUCCCUCAAUAUGAAGUCAGAGUCAGGUAUGCUACAGAACAUAGAUGUGGAGUGGUUGUUAAAGGACCAAAUUUGAGUGGAAAUAUAUCCGGGACAGACCCGUUAAAGGACAACCGCUUACUUUUGAAAGCAGAAGCUUUAGAUGAAUCUCAUGAAGCAAGGAACACUGCUGAUGUUGUUAAUGAGCUGUCUAAGGAAAUAACGAAAAUUUUGGUUUCUCAUCCUGUGAAUGCUCAACGUGCCGCAGAAGGGAAGAAUAUUGCAAAUGUUGUCCUUUUAAGAGGAUGUGGCAUUCGAAUUGAGGUUACGCCAUUUGCAGAUAAACACGGUUUGAGGCCAUGCAUGGUAGCUCCAACGAAAAUAAUUGCUGGUCUAGGCUUAUCACUUGGUAUUGAUAUUCUAGAAGCACCUGGAGCAACCGGAGACUAUCGAACUCUACUAACUUCGAAAGCAACAGCAAUAGCUAAGGCGCUCUCGGCUCCUUCGCAGUCUUGCCCCCGAGUUUUUGUACCUGGAGAGGAUGAGCAUAAAGCAGGUCCCUCAGAUGGCUAUGACUUUGGAUUCCUUCAUAUUAAGGCAAUAGAUGAUGCAGGCCAUGACAAAGCAAGCAUUCUCAAAGUCAAAGCAUUAGAAGCUGUUGAUACUGCAAUCGGGCAGUUGGCAAGAUUACUCUGGGAAGCAGAAUCAACAGGAAAAUUUCAGUUUUUCCUUUGUGUCACAGGAGACCAUUCUACACCAGUAGAAUACGGAGAUCACAGCUUUGAACCAGUUCCGUUUUCUAUUUGUCGGUUGAAGGACUUCGUAGGUGCAAUUGGCGAAUCCGUUAUUCGCGAAACUUCUCUUGAUCCAUUUCCUCUUCCAAGUGUCAAGUCCGGCGAAGAUUUGGCUUUCGAUUUGGAAACAGAAGAGAAAGACGGCAAAUGCUCUCAAUCUUAUAGCGGCGAUUCAGUAUAUGAAUCAAAUGAAAUUGCAGCUGCAAGGGGGUGUUUGGGGCGGUUCCCUGGAGGAGAAAUGAUGGGAAUCAUAAAGAAUUUCCUUAACUUAGAUGCAGAAGCUAUUUAAAUCAAGAAUGUCAAGGAGAUUUCCAAGUUAAAGGUUUUCUGUUUUGUUAAAUUAAGUGAUAUGGGUGCAAAAUAAAAAUUAAUCAAGUUUUGAGCUUUUGUACUCUUGCAAGUCUUUUCUACUAAUAACUAUGUAAACUCUCAACUUAAAAUAAAUGUAACUAAUUCUGUUAUUUA